AGAGCCGAUGUAGGAAUUAAAUUGUCAAAAUUAAAUAAUACUUUUAAGUAAUUAAUUUCAUUUGACGUUCAUUCUAUCGACCUAAAUUGCUAUAAAUUUGUACAAAACAUUCAUAUUUGGUUUUUAUAGUAGAAAAGUCUAAUAAAUAUUGUCUAGAAAAUGUUCGGUCGCCUGAAUUGUCGGUUAACGCCGAUGUGUUUCAACAGACCCAAGGUGAUUGUUAACGAUGUACAAAACUGUGUUUCUGUCGCACUGCUGACACAUAAGAUGAGCUUCAGUUCUACAAUGAAUAAUUUUGCCAUGCAUGACGAUUUGGAACCGAAGAAAUGGUUAAAAUAUAAUGACACUAUUUUUCCUCCACAAGAACCCGGAGAAGAAAGACGACCAGCGUACAUUUGUCAUCAAGUAGCAAAUAUCAAGUAUAGCCCCAAAAAGAUGUGGUACGUCGCUUGUUUUGUACGUGGAAUGUCUGUGGAUGAAGCUUUCAAGCAAUUGCCUUUGGUCGGCCGCAAAGGUGCCACUAUUGUAAGAGAUGCCAUUCUAGAAGCGCAGAAACUAGCCGUUGAAAAACACCACGUAGAAUUUAAAACUAACCUCUGGAUUGCGGAAUCUUUUUGUACCAAAGGACCAGUUGUUAAAGGAAUUCGUAGACACGCAAGACAACGUAUGGGAGAAGUCAUGUAUCGUUACUGCCAUUAUUUUGUGCGUUUAGAAGAAGGAGAACCACCAAAAGAAUACUACUAUAGUUGGCCAAAAACCGGACCAACACUAUUGGCACAAUGGAUAGACGAAGUGAGAGGUCGUAAAAUUGAAGGGUCAUUGUAAUAUUUUUUUAAAAAUAAAAAUAAAAUUUAGUGGUAAGCAAUGUACAUUUAUAAUUUUCUUAAAAUAAAUAUAAUAUGAAAUAUUUAUAAUACAA